GCGGAUGGUGAAAUAUCGAUUGGUUGUGGAUCAGCAUGUCGUCUGAUGUGCUGUCUGCGAGAUAAAUCAACGGAGAUAGCACAGAUUUGGCAAUUGAGUGGAAAAAUAAAUGAAAUGAUGGAUAAAUUGGAUCGAAUUGAACGGCAACCACCUCGAACAGCAGAAAUAGAAGAUGAUCGUGAUAUAACUGAUCAAUCAGCAUCUGCUAUGCGUAAUCGUAAAUGGAAUUCUAAAAUUAGUGAAGUAUGGUUGAAUGAUAAAUGUAUUCGAGGAGCGGAGAAAGAUUCGUUGGAUCCGGAUGAGGAAAUUUUCUGGAAUGAUGUUAUCAGCAAAUAUUUAACACCAAUUAUUCAUGAUCAAUUAGAACAGAAACAUAUCAGAACCGGUCUUAUGCUAUUACGAAAUAAGGUUUGUUCCGGAUUUUUUAUGGUAAAUACCGUAUUUAUCAUUAUUGUGCUUUUGCUACAGCUACAAAAAGAUUGCAUUCAUAUUGAAUGGCCAUUAGGUCCACGCUAUAAUCAUACAAUCAUUCCGUGCAGCACGGAUAUUCGAGAGCCAAUUUGGGUGGUCACACGGCUUCAACUGGAACCAAUCGGACUUGUCUUCCUACUUUUCUUCAUGUCCAUUCUGAUUGUUCAGAGGAGUGAUUUGUUUUUACAGUUCAUAGGAAUGUUAUUACAUCGUUUUGGUACUAUGGCACAUAUAAUAGCGUCAACACAAUUAUUUUGUUGGCGUAAACGUGUGGAUCAUCUGACGGAAGAUGAAUUGGUUGUACAAAAUGCGGUCGAAAUAGCGCGUGAACUCCAAGCUAUUCGUGGAGUUGACGAACCCGAUGAAAAUGUUCCAUCGGAGGAGCAAGCGAUCUCACGUCGAAAUAUUGUUCGCAAUUUGGAAUCUUCUAAGCGUUCAAUGUAUCGUCCAAAAACGGAUACGCUUGACGCCGCAUUCAGGAAACGUUUCUUUGCACUAUCAAGUAAUAAAGCAGUUGAUCGUUCUAAUAGUGAAAGACGUUUGACGCUACGUCGAGAUACCAUUCGUGCUAUCGAACGACGUCGGAAUUCGAUUUUUGGAAAUCAACAACCAAAUGAGGAUGAAGCAAUAUCACUGGUGGACGAUCGACAACCUCUAUCAAAUGAUGAAAAUCGUCAUACAAUUCGACGAAGUAAUCUUCUGCAUUUAUUUGACGAUCCGUUAAACGAUUCCGAAAACAAAAAAUAG